GUCUUCGCGCUGUUCUCGCCUCUCCGCCAUGGCGUCCGUCACACCGCUGGGGUCUCGGAGCCUGGGCUCCGCGGCCUCCCUGCAGUUGAGUCCCACGCACCAAUUACGGCUGCAGCAGAAGGAGGAGCUGCGGCAGCUGAACGACCGCUUGGCCGUCUACAUCGACAAGGUGCGGAGCCUAGAGACGGAGAACAGCUCCCUGCAGCUGCAGGUCACGGAGCGGGAGGAGGUGCGCGGCCGCGAGGUCGCCAGCCUCAAGGCGGUCUACGAGACCGAGUUGGCCGACGCUCGUCAGACGCUGGACGACACGGCUCGGGAGCGGGCCAGGCUGCAGAUCGAGCUGAGCAAGCUCCGCGCCGAUUAUGAGCAGCUCCUGGGCAGCUAUGAAAAAAAAGAAACAGACCUCGAUGGAGCUCAAAUAAAAAUCAGAGAACUUGAAGCAGCCCUCAAUUCUAAAGAAGCUGCACUGGCCACAGCACUUGGUGAUAAGAGAAGCCUGGAGGAAGAAAAUGACGAUUUAAGAGAUCAAAUUGUACAGCUUGAAGCUUCUUCAGCUGCUGUCAAGGAACAGCUUGCAAAUGAAACCUUACAGAAUGUUGAUCUUGAAAACCGUUGUCAGAGUCUCAUUGAGGACUUGGAAUUCCGUAAAAAUAUGUAUGAGGAGGAACUCAAUGAAACAAAAAGGAAACAUGAGACUCGUUUAGUUGAGGUGGAUUCUGGGUGUCAAAUUGAAUAUGAACAUAAACUGGCUCAAGCCCUUAGUGAAAUAAGAAUGGAGCACGAUGCACAAGUGAAGCUGUACAAAGAAGAGCUUGAACAGACUUACUAUGCCAAACUUGAGAAUGCUAAACUGUCCUCUGAAAUGAGCAGUUCUGCAACCAGUUUGAUAAGAGAAGAACUGAAUGAAAGUCACAUACGAAUUGAUACUCUGACUUCCCAUCUCACCAGCCUUCAGAAAGAGGCUAGAGCAUGGCAAGAUAGAGUGCAAGAACUUGAGGACAGCUUGGCCAAGGAACGGGAAAACUGUCACAGAUUACUGUCUGAGAAAGAGAGAGAAAUGGCAGAGUUAAGAAGUAAGGUGCAGGAGCAGCUGGACGACUAUGAACAACUUCUGGAUGUUAAACUGGCGCUUGAUAUGGAGAUCAGUGCAUACCGGAAAUUGCUUGAGGGCGAAGAGGAGAGAUUGCAACUUUCUGCAGGCCCAUCUUCCCGAGUGACUGUUUCACGUGCUUCAUCAAGCCGUAGUGUGCGUACAACCAGAGGGAAGAGGAAGAGGAUAGAUGUGGAAGAAUCUGAAGCCAGCAGUAGUGUUAGCAUUUCCCACUCAGCUUCUGCCACUGGAAAUGUCUCUAUUGAGGAGAUAGACAUUGAUGGAAAGUUCAUCCGCUUGAAGAACAACUCUAGACAGGAUCAACCUAUGGGAGGUUGGGAGCUGAUCCGAAAAAUAGGAGACAGUUCUGCUAUUUACAGAUAUACUUCAAGAUAUGUACUAAAGGCAGGCCAGACUGUUACAAUCUGGGCUGCAAAUGCUGGAGUAACUGCUAGCCCUCCCACUGACCUCAUCUGGAAGAACCAGAAUUCUUGGGGCACUGGUGAAAAUGUGAAAGUUGUACUGAAAAAUUCUCAGGGAGAGGAGGUUGCUCAGAGAAGCACUGUCUUUAAAACAACUGUACAUGAAGAGGAAGAGGAGGAAGCUGAGGAAGAAGCAGCUGAAGCUAUGGAGAAGCAAAGCCUUUAUUACCAGCAGGCAAGCUCGAAGGCGUCUAACAGAAGCUGUGUGAUCAUGUAAACUUCUAGCCAGCGAGAUUCCUCAAAUUACGGUAUACAUUAUCUGCAGAACAGAGCCUGCUCAUAAGCACAACAUAUUUUUGUAUUUUCUGUAUGUGAAGUUUUACGCUGCGAGUCUGAUGGCCUUAAUUUUCUUUGUCAAUGAAAAGGAAGUUUUGUAAAAGAAAUACCUGCAAGUUUGUCACAGGAUGUGAAUUGUUGACUCUGAACAAUGUACUGUCUGAAAAGUGA